AGCCCGGGCCCGGGGCGGGGUGCGGGGGGCCCGGCCGCAGUCCGGCCCCGGAGCCGGCGGGAGAGGAGCGGCGGCAGGCGCGGGCUGGGCCCCGCCGCGUCCUGCGUCCCCGCCAUGCCGCCCGCCGGGCCCCGCGGGGCCGCGCCGCUCGCCGCCCUGGCGCUGCUGGCGCUGGGGGCCCCCCUGGCGCUGGCCGGAGAGGACUGCCUGUGGUACCUGGACCGGAACGGCUCCUGGCACCCCGGCUUCGACUGCGAGUUCUUCAGCUUCUGCUGCGGCACCUGCUACCAGCGCUUCUGCUGCCGGGACCUGACCCUGCUCAUCACCGAGAGGCAGCAGAAGCACUGCCUGGCCUUCAGUCCCAAGACCAUCGCGGGCAUCGCCUCAGCCGUGAUCCUGUUCGUGGCGGUGGUGGCCACGACCAUCUGCUGCUUCCUUUGCUCCUGCUGCUACCUGUACCGCCGGCGUCAGCAGCUGCAGAGCCCGUUCGAAGGCCAAGAGAUCCCAAUGACCGGCAUCCCAGUACAGCCAGUGUACCCCUACCCCCAGGAUCCCAAAGCUGGCCCUGCACCCCCACAGCCUGGCUUUAUGUACCCGCCCAGCGGUCCUGCUCCCCAGUAUCCACUCUACCCAGCUGGGCCUCCUGUCUACAAUCCUGCAGCACCUCCUCCUUACAUGCCACCGCAACCCUCCUACCCCGGAGCCUGAGGACCAGCUGAACCUGCGGCCCCUCCGUCACAUCCACCCUGGGCCUGCCUUGGGCCCCCUCAGCAGCCCCGGAGCAUGCCAGAGCUGGGCCAUGCCGGGGACCCAGCCCCGGGAACCAGAUGAGGAGCAGAGCUGGGCCUUGGCGUGGGAGGUGAUCUGGGGUGGGGGGGUGGAUUCUGGACUAUUUCUGUGCCAAGGGAGGGCCGUGGGGUCCUGGGCCACAGCUCCUGCUCCCUCGGUGUCCCUUUCCCAGCACCUGGUCAGGAAGAUACGGUCGUCCUGUCUGCCCUGCACCACCGUGACGCGGAGGCAGGGAGGGGACUUGGCCACGGGCGGCACGAGCCCAGUUCCCGGCUGUCCCUGGCCAGGGCUCUGGCCUGCGGAUUAAAGCUAUAAAGAUCUCA